GGAGGAGGCGGGGACGCGUGGUCUGGCUGCGGAGGUUGAGUCGGCGCUGCGUACUCUGGAGGUACUGCUGCUGGUGGUUCUCCGCUGAGCGCAGCAAGGCUACCGCUGAAGGAUAUGACUGACUGAACAGAGACCCCAAUCAAGGCACAGAAUUUUAGAACUGAAAAAGCUGGGGGUAUUAGAGACAUCUGCUUGUGAGGUGAAGGUGUAUACAAAAUCAUGGAGGAUCCAAAAACUUUGCCUAGUGUUGAAGAGUACUCCAAUACUGAGGUACAAAAAAACCAAGUAGUAACACUAGAAGAAUGGCAAGAAAAGUGGGUGAACCGUAACAUUUCAUUUCACGAAGAACAAGGAAAUCAGUUGUUAAAGAAGCAUUUGGAUACUUUUCUUAAAGGCGAGAAUAGACUAAGGGUGUUUUUUCCUCUUUGCGGAAAGGCUGUGGAGAUGAAAUGGCUUGCAGACCGAGGACACAGUGUAGUAGGUGUGGAAAUCAGUGAGCUUGGGAUACGAGAAUUUUUUACAGAGCAGAAUCUGUCUUACUCAGAAGAACCUAUCAUGGAAAUUCCUGGAGCCAAAGUAUUCAAGAGUUCUUCAAGGGAUAUUGCAUUGUACUGUUGCAGCCUUUAUGAUCUGCCCAAGGCAAAUGUUGGCAAAUUUGAUAGGAUUUGGGAUAGAGGAGCAUUUGUUGCUGUUAACCCAAGAGAUCGUAAACGCUAUGCAGAUAUAAUGAUGUCUCUAUUGGGAAAAAAGUGUCGCUACCUCUUGUCUGUUCUUCAUUAUGAUCCCACUAAACAUGCAGGCCCACCAUUUUAUGUCACAGAUGCUGAAAUUAAGAAAUUGUUUGGUUCAGUAUAUAACAUUCAUUGUCUCGAGGAGGUUGAUGCUUUUCAAGAAAAGCAUAGAAAGUGGGGAAUUGACUGCCUUAUUGAACGGUUAUAUCUAUUUACAGAAAAGUAAAUGAGACAUAAUGCAAGCAAAUAAUAUCAGCAUGUUUUUGAGCAGUUGAAAAUUAUGCUGUGUAAUAAAAGUAUAAGUGAUUUGAAAAAAAUGCCACAAAUAAUAUCACAGAUCUGUGCUCAAAAUGGAAUUAAUAUUUUAGAAAAUAAUAACUUUUUUAGAAAAAAAACACAUACUAAAGUAACUACCUUGGAAAAUUAGAGUAUGAUUGGGAGUGGAAGAUUAUGUUUUAUUACUGAUGACAAUUUUUUAUAAUUAGCAUUUACUGCUUGUUUAAUUAAAAACUGACCUGGGUUCAAGCUCCUUGCCACCACAUGGAAGAACCACAUAAAAGGAAAGCUUCAUGAGCAGUGGGGCAGUGUUCUGGUAUCUCUUGGUCUCUCACUCUUUAUAUGGAAACAACAAGAAAAAAACAAAAAACAAAACAACAACAACAAAAAUGAUUCCUCUAGAAACAGUUGACUUUUCCCAGUGGGAAAAUUUUUCUUUCUUUUUCUUCUAUUUUUAUUUGACAGAACAGUGAAAAAUUGUGAGGGAUAAGGAGAUAGAAAGGAAGAGAGAAAGCUAAGACACCUGAAGACCUGCUUCACACACUUGUGAAACAUACCCCCUGAAAGUGGGGAGCAGGGGCUCAAACCUGGGUUCUUGCAGAUGAUACAUGCACUUGACUGGGCUUGCCAUUGCCGGAUUCCCUGGAAAAUUUUCUUUAAAGAAAAUAAAUAAUGUGCAUAUAACCUGAAAUAUAAUAGAUACAGAAAAAUUUGUUUUCUCUAUAAGAGGAAGUGCAAUACUUUCAUAGGGCCCAAGGUACAAAAAAAAAAAAGUGGUCUAACGAGUUUAAUAAGAAUCUGAGGUUUAGCCUAUUAGAACACCAAAUUGCAUGCCUGAUUCCCCAGAGGUUGUGGGUUCAAUAUCUGGUGUAUAUUAUAAGAAGUUACAAAAGUGUGUACAUGUGCCCCUUCUCUGUCUCUAAUAAAAUAAGUAAUAAAUCUUUGUUAACAGAAAUUAUAUACAAUAUUAGCUUUUACUAUAAACCCUAUAUUGUUCUUAAGUCCUAUCCGCUUUUCACAUUUUUGCCUUUGUAUAAUUUUAUGUCUAAUGGGAUCAAGAAGUAGAUGUUAAAAUCAAUAAACCAACUUGUAUGGAACAAA